AUGUUGGUAACGCUGCUAUCGCUACCUAUUGUCGGCGGAAGCACGCGUGCAGCAGACCGGUUGGCCUCCCGCGGCUUCGAGCGGGCGUCACCCGCUCCUUUCGCGAGCGGGCCUCGAGACCUGAUCGUUGUCUGCCACCGCACGCCGGUUAAGGUUGCGCAGGGCCGCUUCCGGCUCGACAACCUGCCGGACGGGCGUGUCGACCUGCUCGCGCGCUGCGCCUCCGCCGCCAUCUUCACCAGCCACGGCGUGCGCCGCGAGACGCGCCUCUGGCUCGCGCUGCAAGACCAGUCUGUCUGCCUCUGCUUGGACGGCUCGACGGCACGCGGCAUGCACCCCGACGAACGCACGUUGGCGGCCGCGAUGAAGCGGACCCUCGCGGUCGAGCACGGCGCCACCAGCAGAGCAGACACCGCCAACGGGUGGUCGUACCAUGCAGGAGGCCUCGAGCACAGGCUUCGCGAGCUUCGCCAGCAGCGGCCAGUCUCGAGAGGACCGCGGCCGAUUUUGCAGUUGCACGAGGACGGCGAGGCGACGCUGCAGGCUCUGCUGGCAGCGGGCGCGGUCCUCGUCCUCGGAGACCAGCUUGGCUUCACCUCGGGCGAGGAGGCACUGCUGGCCUCCGCCGGCGCACGGCGGGCGACCGUCUCCCCGCGAGGCUUGCUGACCAGCCACUGCAUCGUCCUCGCCCACCACGCGCUGGACGAGGCCGAGGCGCGCGUGGGCUUGGCAGCCUCGCCAGUGGAAUAG